UACCUCUAAGUGUCCAGAAGAUGUGUGACCAGCCAAAACACAGUCAAUGCUGCCCAGCAAAGUGCAAUCAAUGCUGCUCGCCAAAACACAACCCGUGCUGCCAGCCAAAAGGCAAUCCAUGCUGCCCACCAAAACAGAACCAGUGCUGCCAGCCAAAAGGCAGUCCAUGCUGCCCACCAAAACACAAUCACUGCUGCCAGCCAAAACCCCCAUGCUGCAUUCAGGCCAGGUGCUGUGGUUUGGAGACCAAGCCUGAAGUCUCACCCCUUAACAUGGGGUCUGAGCCCAACUCACCACAAACUCAGGACAAGGGCUCUCAAACCCAGCAGCAGCCCCACAGCCCAAAAAAUGAGUCCAGGCCAAGCAAAUGAGAGCAGAAGAAGUCAAACAAAUAGAUUGUCCCUGGGGCCAUGGCUUCCACUUUGUAGGGUGGGGGAUUACUGAGUCAGGCUAGACCUGUGUUUAGAGAAGCAGUUUUCACAGUGACUACCAUUUCUGCCCAAUGAGAGGCUCCUAUUUCCCAUCAUAGCUCCCUACCCCAGAGAGGCCUCCAUCUGGAAAUGGGAGGAUGAAGGGGCUAGAAUCAUCUUUCCUAGUGAUCCUGACAUUUAGACAGCACAGAAAUAAAGAGCAAUAAAAAGAA